AUGACUGUCCCACAAUGCACUGCGAAUGCUGCAUGGCUGUCCACGGCUAACAUCUGUCAUUUAAAACGAGGAUGAAUUGUUUGUUUCUGCGCAAAUAGUAACCGAAGACGGUACAAAACGACCCCGUUAAAAGAGUGACUGCGACGCGUCAUGCACGUGUAGCCGCGCUGCGAGGAGCUGAGACGGGCCGACGUGUACUUCCGAAACUCCCUCCUGCAUUAGGCGAUCAGAGGUACGAUGGCUGGAGUCGGAGCCAAGCGUGAAGGCCCACAGUUCAUCAGUGAAGUGGCUGUCCGUGGCAACGCCGCCGUGCUGGACUACUGCCGCACCUCCGUGUCCGCCCUGUCCGGAGCCACGGCCGGCAUCCUCGGACUGACGGGACUGUAUGGCUUCGUUUUUUAUUUCUUCUCCGCGUUUCUCCUCUCGGUGCUGCUCAUCUUCAAGGCCGGGCGGCGGUGGAACAAGUGCUUUAAAUCUCGGCGGCUGCUCUUCACCGGAGGCCUCGUAGGAGGCCUCUUCACCUACGUGCUGUUCUGGACUUUCUUGUACGGGAUGGUUCAUGUGUACUGAAGCAGUUGACCCCUCAAUAAUAGAAAUGUUUGCCUAAUUCUACACAUAAUAUGAAUAAUGUCUGCCCUGCUGUUUGUAGAUACGCAACUAGUAAGACGUUUGAUUUUCCUUUAUAGGAUUAUAGCACGAUGGAGGAUUUUAAUAUUAGCUACAUGCAUUUAAUGUCCUCCUUUACCUCUAACCUUUAACUUCUUCCUUCUUCUGGAUUUCAUCCAUGUCUGGCUCUGAGCCCGAAUUAAGAUCUUGUAGAGCCACCGAUUUCAUCCCUAAAGGGUUUGAUAUCAUUCAAUGUUAAUCACUUUGACAUUUUAACAAAUGUUCAUGGGAACAUGAGCAAAAUAAAUGCCUCUACAAGUCUUUGUGUUCAUUA